GUGGGUAUUGGAUAUAAGAAUAAUAGGUCGCUCAUAUUUCGAUGACAGACUUCUUGCUUAUAGGUGUUAGAGGAUGAUGGUCGUCUUGUCGGACAAACUGUCUGACUCUAAGCAGCAAGAAUAACUCAGACAAGGGGUGGACGGGCAAUUGUUGGUUGCAUGGAUUGAAAGCACGGGGCAAGAAGCAAUGGCGUCUGCCGUGUUGGUGCGGGAGGGGGCCUGCUUGUCAUGCAUCAGGGCAAGGGCAGGGAAGACAGAGCGGCGCCGGAAUCCCUUGCAGAGCGCUUCAAAUGGUGGCACAUUUGGGAAGCGUGUUCCUCAUCAAUUGCAGCAUCAUGCAGGCAAUGUACGGUGGCACAGUAGUUCAUGCAAACCUGGCGUCGUUGAAAUGUCGUUGAAAUCCAGCGACACGCACAGAAAUGCUGCUAACAGUGAGUCGCCUUUGAUCAAGCGUGAACAGAAUGUGGCGCCAGCCGGAAGUUGGGCGAAAGGCAAAGUGGCCGCUCUAGUUCUGGCGGUGCUUCAAAGCGUGGCGCCUAUGACGCCGGUGGAUGUGUUUGGAGGGAGUGUGCCAGUGGCAGAGGCGGUGCUGACGAACCCGAACACGAGAAUCCCGAAAGCGGGUGAUGUCGCCCUGCGACGAGCAAUUCCUGCUCUGAAUGUUGAGACGAAGAAAAUGCAGGAGUUGAUCGAAGAGCUGUCCUACCUUCUUCGGAUCCCACAGAGGAAGCCCUACGGCAGCAUGGCCAAAAACACAAAGGAGGCGCUAGAGAUUGCAACCAAAAGCAAGGACGCCAUUCUGAACGCUGUGGGGCCGCAGUUUCGACAGCAGGCCGAGGGUAUCUAUGCCAGCCUAAUAGAGGGCAGGACGAGCUACAAGGGUCUCUUGGAGGCCAUCGACGCCCAGGAUGCUGACGUGGCUUCAGUGCGCAUCCAAGCGGUGCUGAACAACCUCGCGCAACUUGAGCUGCUACAGGCGCCGGCGCUGCCUUUCACGGUCCCAGCGCAAUACAGCAACCUUCCCAGAUUGAACGGUAGGGCCACGGUAGCGUUAGAGAUUGCCCGCAAGGGCGGAGACAAGUUCGUGCUGAAAGCGGGAGGUGGCGCCAAAGACACAGCGACGCUUGAACUAGUGCUGGACGGAUACUCGGCGCCCAUCACAGCCGGGAAUUUUGCGGAUCUGAUCUCCCGGCAAGCGUUUGACGGCGUCCAGCUCAUAGCGGGCCAGCAGUCGAUCAUCACCAAGGGCGACAUUCCCGCGGCUCAGGGGCGGGUGCUGCCGCUAGAGAUCAAGGUGGCGGGGGAGUUUGAGCCGGAGUACAGGACGCAAGUAGACGUGCAGGGCGGCGAGAUUCCCAUCCUGCCCAUCUCGGUGUACGGCGCGGUCGUCGCAGCCCACGACCCCAGCUCGGAGGCCCUGUCCAGCGCGUCCCAGAUGUUCUUCUACCUUUACGAUCGGAAAUUCGCUGGGCUUGGAGGCCUCUCCUUUGACGAGGGUCAAUUUUCGGUGUUUGGGUACAUCACUAAAGGGAUCGAGUUGUUGUCCCAGUUCAAAACCGGCGACGUAAUCCAAUCAGCCAGGAUUACCGAGGGCGCUGAGCGGCUGAAUUUGCCUAGUAGCUAGAACAUAGACUCGAGCUGAAACGUCAAGCAGAAGCGUAGAGUGCGGUGUCAAGCAAAGCUGUUGGCUCGUUACCCCAGGGUACUUAGCUCUGACUGCCUGACGAGAACCUUUCUCUACAAAUGUGAUAGCUUUGGUAGCGCCGGCAAAUUGCUUCUGAUACGUGGCCUGGCCGCAUAUGAGAUACUCAUUUAUUGAUCGGCCGCUUCGACUCGAUUUUUCUAAAGAACCGAUCCAACGAUCGCACCAGCUAAUCUGGUCCUUUUAACCAUCGCAGGCGCCCGGUGUGGUCUCACCG